GCCACGAGAUCUUCCAAUCUGGUGCCGGACAUUGGCUCACAGGGAAAGCCAAAAACAAAUAAAUGAUUUUCCGGAAGGAGUAUCUUGAUUUGGUGUUGGUGCCAUGUGGGCUGUUCAUCAUGUUUGCCUACCAUCUCUUCCUGCUGUACAGAUGCCUCAAGCGUCCACACACUACAGUGAUUGGCUUUGAGAACAAUGACAAGAAGGCUUGGGUUGAAAAAGUUAUGCAGGUUGAAAACAAGGAUGUUAAAACAGCAUUAGAUGUGCUCUCAGCCAAUGUGUCUGCAGCUACAUUCCUUGCAUCAGUCUCCCUAACUCUUAGCUCUCUAAUUGGAGCCUGGAUUGCGAACAAUUCAAACAUAUUCCAAAGUGAACUAAUCUAUGGAGACACAAGGCAAGCCACAAUGUCAAUCAAGUUCAUUAGUCUUCUAAUCUGUUUCUUGUUGGCUUUUGCAUGCUUUGUCCAAUCAUCAAGGUGUUUCAUCCAUGCAAAUUACCUCAUUAGUACACCAGAUACCGACAUUCCUAUAAAAUAUGUUGAAUCAGCAGUCAUAAGAGGAGGUGAUUUUUGGUCAUUGGGGCUCAGAGCGCUUUACUUCGCAACUACCCUGCUGCUCUGGUUCUUUGGUCCAAUACCAAUGUUUGCUACUUCUGUAAGCAUGGUUUGUCUCCUGCAUCACCUUGAUACAAACAAAACGCCAUUGCAUCAGUAUAGUUCUGCAGCAAAGAGACCGUUCAAAAGAGCUGAGCAAACAACGAUCAGAACUCCAAUGGCUGUUGAGGUUCUUGACAGAUGAAGUCCAAGAGCUUAACCCACCCACCCACCCCCCUUCGGGGAAGGCCCCCGAUUUGAGAUUGUAGAGUUGUCCUUAUAAUGAUGUCUAGAUUGCUUAUGUUAUAGCUAUUUUUCUUUACCAAUGCUAUGCUGUAAUCAAACUUUUCAGAGAGUUCAUGACUUUAGCCUUGCUAUAUAGCUCCAGGGGCAAUACUUGGUUGGUGCAUUGCUGAUGUUUUGCCUAGGAUGGACACUACCAUGGAACAUAG